AUGGCGACGGAGUCGGAGGCGUCGCGGCUGGCGGAGCCGGUGAGCGCGGGCGUCAUUUCGAAUGGCGCGUGCAAGAAGCGGAAGGUAUCGCGGUCGUGGCGGUCGCACCUGGCGUCGGGGAGUUGGAGCCUAAGCCGGGAGCAGGGGAGCAAGCUGCUCGGGAGGCAGUUCCGCGACGAUAUCCUGUACGUUUGCGAUUGGCCGGGUUGCGUGCACAAGGAGGAGAAGAAGAAGUAUCGCCUCUUUAGAGGCGUUUUGAAGAACUUCAAACGCACUAGGGUUUGGAGAACCAUUCACGACGACAACAAGAGGAAGCUGGAUCUGCCCUGCGCCUUCUACGCCUGCAAAUUCACCUGGGAUCUCCACUCUGCCUUCUGCCUCCACCGUGUGUUCGGCUUUCACGACGACGGAGAGCCUGUGGUAAGAGCCUAUGUUUGCGAGAACGGACAUGUCUCCGGUGCUUGGACCGAUGUUCCCAUGUACACUUGAUUCAUUCAUUCUCACAACAAUUCUCUGUUUCAAAUCUCGUUUAGACUUUCUGUACUACAUUUUUAU